GAAACCCAUGAAAAAGAUUAGAUUUUUAUUUGCUGUAUUUUACACUUACCAUAGCUGCACUUUUAAACAGCAAGUUACCUAGCCGGAGGUCAGUUCAACCACCACAAACCACCGCCUUUUCUGGGUGGGUUUUCAUUUUUCUGACCAGUCACCACCACCACUUUUUUCUUUUAUGAAUUGUCAGCGCUUGAAAACUAAAAAAAGUGAAUAAAAAAAGAAAGAAAACCCCUUUAUAAGCCAACAAAAUAUUUUAUUUUAAAAACUUUUUAAAAUUUUAAAAAGAGUUUAUAUGUAAGAGAGAUUAAAUGCUAAAAUUAGUCUAAAAAAGUCCAAAGUCCAAUCUUGACCAGCCACUUCUUCAUCUUCUCUCUGUAUUUAUUUACUCACUGUAUGUGUUCCUUCUCUCAACUUUUAACUCAUUAAAAUAUUAUUAUUUUUUGUUAUUAUUUCCCCAUUAUUUUUGUAUUGUCAACUGAACUGACAAUUAUACAAUAUAGAGAGUAGGUAGACACACACAGCACAAGAUUGGUUACCAACAACAAAUUUCAGGAGACUAAACCAAAGGGUUUAUUUUAAAUUUCAUUUCUUUUUUGGGUUUUGUUUUAUCCAGGUAAAGAUUUGAUCUUGGUCUUUCUUUUAGUUUAUAAUUUAUUAUGUUUAUUAGAGAAAGGUUUAAUUUUUGAGUACAUUUUGAUAUGAAGAAGAGGAGAUUAGUAGAGGGUAUAUAAAGAUGGUGGUGGAUCAGAGAAUUGUAUUAGCAUUGGUUUGUGUAUUGUUCUUUAAAAUUCAGCUUUCAUUUGAGCAAACAUUGAAUUCACCACUUGAGAGAGAUGCUUUGCUUAAGCUCAGAUCUUCUUUAGGUAUUAGGAGCAAGGAAUGGCCUAUAAAGGGCAAUCCUUGCACAAAUUGGACUGGUGUUUUGUGUGCAAAUGGAAGUGUUUCUGGUAUUAACAUUUCGGGUUUUAGAAGAACUAGAGUUGGUUCUCAGAACCCGCAAUUUGUUGUUGAUGCGCUUGUGAAUUUAACUCGGUUGACUUCUUUUAAUGCUUCGAGAUUUAGGCUGCCUGGUUCUAUUCCUGAUUUGUUUGGUCAAAGUCUUGAUUCUCUUCGCGUUCUUGAUCUUCGUUUUUGUGAUGUUCGUAAUGCUAUUCCUUUGAGUUUAGGGAAUUUGACUAGUUUAACUAGUUUGUACUUGUCUGGUAAUAGUUUAGCAGGGUCGAUUCCUUCGAGUUUGGGUCAAUUGGUGUUGCUUUCUGUUCUUGAUCUUUCGCAGAAUUCGCUUACGGGAUCUAUUCCUGUUUCUUUUGGUUCACUUGCGAAUUUGACUAGUCUUGAUAUGUCGAAUAAUUUCUUUUCUGGGUCGAUUCCUCCUGGCAUUGGUACGCUUUUCAAGCUUGUUUAUUUGAAUCUUUCGAGUAAUCAGUUAUCGUCUGCAAUACCUGCUCAGCUUGGGGACCUUAGUCAGUUAGUUGACCUUGAUCUCAGCUUCAAUUCAUUGACUGGGUCAGUGCCAGAAGAUUUGAGAGGGUUGAGGAAUUUGCAGAGAAUGCUGAUUGGGAAUAAUUUGCUCUCCGGCCCCUUGCCGGUCAACUUGUUUUCUGCAUCAAGUCAGUUGCAAAUUGUGGAUUUGAAGAACAAUGAUUUGACUGGUUCUGUUCCUAAUGUUCUGUGGACAGUGCCAGGAAUUCUCAUUCUUGACAUCUCUGGCAACAAUUUCACUGGCUUUCUGCCAAAUGUUACUGUGACUGCUAAUGCCACUGCUUCGAGAUUGAAUAUAUCCGGGAAUUUGUUUUAUGGAGUUCUCAGGCCUAUACUGAGAAGGUUCAGUUUUGUUGAUAUGUCUGGUAAUUAUUUUGAAGGCGGGGUUCUCGAUUUUGUAUCUGAGAAUGCUUCUCUAGUUAGCAAUUGUCUCCAAAAUGUGUCAAAUCAGAGAAGCUUGUCUGAAUGUGCAUCCUUUUAUGCUGAAAGGGGUCUGAUUUUUGACAAUUUUGGGCUCCCCAAUUCGACACAGCCUUCAGCUGAAAAAUCUAAAGGGAAGAGCAACAAAAAGGUAAUCAUAUUGGCAAGUGUUAUCGGAGGCGUUGGGCUAAUUCUUAUCCUUUUGGCUAUUCUGGUACUGUUUCUCCUUUGCAUCCGUAAGAGAGGUGGCAGUACAAAUCAAAGAGGGGUUGUUGUUGGGCCAGCUCCUGCUGGCAGCGCUCCGCCUCCACCUGAAGCAGCAGUCAGCUUUUCGAGUUUAGGAGACACAUUCACAUAUCAGCAACUGCUCAAAGCCACCGGUGAUUUCAAUGAUGCAAACCUCAUCAAGCAUGGCCACUCAGGGGAUCUCUAUAAAGGUUUCUUGGAAGAUGGAAUCCCUGUAGUCAUAAAAAGAGUAGAUUUGCUGUCCAUUAAGAAGGAGUCUUACUUAGUUGAGUUGGACUGUUUCAGUAAAGUGUCGCAUCUCAGAUUGGUUCCUUUCAUGGGACACUGCUUAGAGAACGAGAAUGAGAAGUUCCUGGUUUAUAAGUAUAUGCCUAAUGGGGAUUUGUCUGGUGCCUUAUAUAGAAAAACGACUUCAGAUGAUGAUAGUUUGCAAUCCUUAGAUUGGAUUACGCGACUAAAAAUUGCAACAGGAGCCGCAGAAGGUCUAUCUUGCCUCCAUCAUGAAUGUACACCACCCAUUGUACACAGAGAUGUUCAAGCAAGCAGUAUACUCCUUGAUGACAAAUUUGAAGUACGGCUUGGGAGCCUUAGUGAGCUUUGUCCUCAAGAAGGUGAUACUCAUCAAAGCAGGAUUACCCGGUUGUUGCGGUUACCACAGUCAUCGGAGCAGGGCACUUCUGGUUCUGCGACAGCGAUGUGCGCAUACGAUGUGUACUGCUUUGGGAAGGUAUUACUUGAGCUGGUAACAGGAAAGCUGGGUAUAAGUAGUGCUAGUGAAGCCCAACUAAAAGAAUGGUUAGACCAGAUGCUACCAUACAUCAGCAUUUACGACAAGGAACUGGUGACUAAAAUUGUCGAUCCAUCUUUGAUCAUCGAUGAAGACUUGUUGGAAGAAGUGUGGGCAAUGGCCGUUGUUGCCAGGUCAUGCCUCAAUCCCAAGCCUUCGAGGCGACCUCUUAUGAGAUACAUCCUUAAGGCAUUGGAAAAUCCGUUGAAGGUAGUAAGGGAAGAAAACCCGGGCUCUGCAAGGCUUAGAACAACCUCUUCAAGAGGUUCUUGGAAUGCAGCUCUGUUUGGUAGCUGGCGUAGCACAUCUGACGUAGCAGUCAUUCCGGCAGGUUCUAGUACAAUGCAAGAAGGAACAAGCAGUCUCAAGCAUUCAGGAACCUCAAAUUCAGGGGGGAGUGGGCAAAAUGGCGGUGGUGAUCAUUCUUCUUCACACAGACGGUAUUCUAGGGAGAUUUUCCCGGAACCAUCCGAGGGCCAAAAUGUAGAAAGACAAGGUCAGGUUUAGAAAAAGAAAAACAGAAUGUUGAGUUUCUUUGAUUCUUUUGUUAAUAAUACAGCAGGAUUCCCAUUUGAUUGCCUGCUUGUUGGUACCCGUCUGCGCUGCCUCGUGCUCUCGUUCCGUUAAAAUCGGGAGGCAUAUCCUGCAAAUUAUUGAAGUGUUUGAAAGGUGCACAUCCUACUGUUGUCAGGUUAAGUCUCAAUAUUCUUUGUUUUUGGGUGUAGAUUUUGUGCAUAGAUUGCAUUGGAGGGGUGCUAAUGGCAGUAAUGGUGAUUAUUUGUUUUCAUCUGUAAUUCAUCUUUUUGGUUUGUGGUCUUUGGUUUUUACCAUGUAAAGUGUAAUUCUUAAGGAUUAUAUCAUUCAGAUUAGAUUUUCUUCUCCAAAACAAAAAGAUAAGGAAAAAAGAAAAACAUCAGAAAAUAGUAUUACUUGUUAUUCUGAUAUCCAAAUUAUCAUAUUCAUUCUCCUUUUUUAUCAA